AUUCGUAAUCAUGUGACCUCAUUUUGACAUAAAGUCUGUAGUACCCUCGAAGAUCGCGUAAAUUAAAUCCGAGUCUGGUAUCGACAUGAAGUUCGACGAUAUUCUCAAAGAUGUUGGAGAAUUUGGAAAAUAUCAAAAGUUUGUGUAUUUUCUUUUAUGCAUCCCCUCCUUUGCCUGCGGAUUAUUCAUGAUGCAUUUGGUUUUUGUUAUGGAAACACCGAAUUACAGAUGUAAACUCGCCGACUACCCAGAUGAUACAUACGACAUCCAGAACAAUGAGCAUCAGCGAUUGGUUGAUCUGUCUAUCCCAAGAGACUCCGAAGGAAGUUACAGCAAAUGUGACUUCUAUUCACAUGCUUCAAACUUCAAUGUGUCGGCGUUGUUAUACAUUUAUAACGGGACAGAGCCACAAAAUUUGACUAUUGGUGCAAAUGCAACACUUCAGCCAUGUUCCGAAUGGGUCUAUGACAAAUCUAUUUUCAAAGAAACGUUCACCUCAGAGCAUAACCUCGUCUGUGACGAUGCGAUUUUAGUGUCCCAUUCCAGGAUGGUGUUUUACUUCGGUGUUUUGGUUGGUGAUGUCGUGUUUGGAUGGUCGUCGGACAGGGUAGGGAGGAAAAUCAGCAUGUACAUUGGGUUCCUGCUGCUUAUUGUCAGCGCGUUUGCAGUCAGCUGGGCACCGGAAAUAAUCAGUUUUACAAUCUUAGAAUUCAUCAUCGGAGCAACAAACCAUGGCGCUUUUCUGUGCACCAAUGUUCUUGGCCAAGAACUGGUUGGACCAUCUAAAAGGAAGUACACUGGAACCAUCCAGCACAUGUUUUUCUCUUUUGGACUGGUGUAUCAAACACUUGUGUAUUAUUUAUCACGUGACUGGCAGAUUUCAUGUGUUGUACUCGCAGCAUCCUGUCUCAUUAUCAUUCCACAUUGGUGGUUGGUUCCUGAGUCUCCACGAUGGCUGAUAAGCCAAGGUCGCCACGAAGAAGCCAAUGCCAUCCUACAGAAGAUAGCCAAGGUGAACGGAACCAAGUUGUCGCCAGGGAUUGUCAAGAAUCUCAUUAUAAAGGAAGAAAAGACGGGAAGUCUGAUGGACCUUCUCAAAAGCAAGACGAUGUGUCUUAGAGCAGCUAUACUGAGUUUCAAUUGGCUGGCAGUUUGUAUGACAUAUUAUGGAGUGACACUAAAUGCAGGAAACAUCGGAAACUUUUAUCUGAACUUUUUCCUCAUGGGCCUUGUGGAAUUUCCCGGCAUUCUGUGCGCUAUAUUCUUACUAGACAGAAUAGGACGUAAAAAACUACAUUUAAUUUUUAUGGUCGGAGGAGGCGUGGCUUGUCUUUGUACCAUAUUUACAGUGACGUUUGCCAGGGAAACUUUACAACCAUUGACCGUUGCUCUGGCUGUGAUUGGUAAGUUCGCCGCCGCUACUGCCUUUGUGGUGGUUUUCAUUUUCACCGUGGAACUGUUCCCCACCGUAAUCAGGAACAUCGCUCUUGGAACAGGCUCUUGUUUUGCCAGAAUUGGAAGCAUGAUUGCACCAUAUUUUGUCACCCUCGGCAUGUCUAUAGAGGGCUCCCUCGGGGAGGCGUUACCUCUGGUUAUUUUUGGGGCUGCCUCUGUAGCUGCCGGUAUCAUGUGCCUUUAUUUACCAGAAACAUUGAACCAGAAAUUACCAGAGACAAUUGAGGAUGGAAUCAAUUUUGGAAGAGUCCGAAAGGUAGUUGUGGAAGAAAUCAAUGGAAAAGAAGAAACAGAGAGACACCUUGUUGAAGAGAGUAUAGAAAAUGAUCAGCUGUAAAGCAGUCUUGUUAACAUUUGAAGAAUAUGUGCUUUCAUUAAGGAGUUUUGAAAUCUAUUCUGAAAUCAUGUCCUUUCAAAGGGAGAUAUUUAUCUUAAAUGCACAGUUUCACUUUCCGAGAUUCGAAACUGUUUUUCC